UGACCUUGAUGGCUUGACAAAGUCCGCCCUUCUUUAUCAACUAGCUAGCCAACGUUGAACUGUAUUGAAUUUAUUUACUUAUUUUUAAUAUUACCCAGCGAAUGUAUCUGUUCGUUGAUUUCUAUUAUAACUCAUUUAAAGGUAGGGAGCGCUGUAAAGGCGUUUAGAACCCAAUGGUGAUCAUAGAUAACUGUUAAUAGAUCUUUCUGAGAAAUUCCACUGCAGAGGUUUCUAAAGUUGGUUUAAAGAGAAAUGGGAAAGCGGUAUCAUUGCGAUUACUGUAAUCGCAGCUUCCAAGACACACUGCACAACAGAAAGAAACAUCUGAAUGGCGUCCAGCACCACAGAGCAAAAAAAGCUUGGUUCGACAACUUCCGAGAUGCAGUUGCAGUUCUCCAGGACGAGAGAGCAAAACAAGCGUGCAGGAAAUUUCUGCAGACAGGUCAGUGUGUAUUUGGCCCCAGCUGCCGGUACUCACAUAUGUCUGAACAGGAUAUGAAGAAUUUGGAGCAACAUAUUAAUGCAGAAGAAAAACUGCACGAGGUGGACUUGGACCAAGAGGAACCCUCCAUUAAACCUUCACUAGAGGAGUGGCUUUCCAGGAGAGAGAAAAGGGCAGCAUUGUCAUCAGGAAGUGUAUUAAAACUGGAAGAAGAAACUGAAGUUAAAUGUACUGAAGUUCCAACGUUUCUGCUUUCCAUGCCAGAUCUUCCUCCAUCACUUCUUCCCCUGCAUGCUGAAGGAUGGAGAGGCAAAGUCCAUAAUGACUGGGGUUGAAAUAAACUUUGUGUGCAAAAUACAGUCGUUUAACACUGUAUGACCAUAGAUUUGUGGACACUUGAAUAUCAUAUCACACCCCAAUUCAUUGAAAACACACACACUUGCACACACACAUAGUAGACUGGAAUUUGUUAGUCUACAGGCACAAUAGAGGCUGAAUAAAACAAAACACAAAUUCAGUCACCAAUUCAGUCAGUAAAAACAUAAAAACAACCGAUGAACACCACUAAUUUAAUUCAAUUGCUCACAUGAUAUCUAGCACAUUUUAGCACACUAGUUCUAACAUUAUUGGUAUAUUCUUAUAUAGUAUAUAUACAAUACAGCUUACAUACACAACAUGUAAAUUGUAUAACAAUACUUUCAUAUUAUUUUGUUAUUCUUGAUAUUUUGUUAAUUUAAAGGUAGGGUCUCCGAUUUUUGAGAAAUGCUUCAGAAAACAGUCGGGCCGAGUACUAAACAAAAAACAAAAAAACAUGUAGCCAAUGAGCAGAAAGGGGCGGGUCUUGUCAAUAUGCGGCGGAGAGAGUGUUCAGUGCGCAUGUGUGACAUUAGCAGAAAGCGGUUUUAACAUUGACAUGGAGGAUAAAAACAAGAAAGAAUGCGAAAAAAGGCUUACGAUAAGGAAAGAAGUAGGACCCGUGUUAAUAUAGGAUCAGCUUUCCAGCGCUGGAGAGAACUGAAGGAGCGGGAAGUUGGCCGCAUAUUCACAGAUUGGAGUUUCCUGAGUCAAUAACUCCUGAGCUAAACACUGUUACUACACAAAUAACACCUUUUCUAUCGUAAUGUAGAGAGGCAGUUACAACCGUGUUUUGCUAGUAACAGCAUUUAGCUCAGGAGUUAUUGACCCGGGAAACUCCAAUCUGUGAAUAUGCGGCUAACUUUACUUAAGACGCCAAGGUUGUUUUUUUCCUUCUCGAUAGGUGAGUAACGUUGGUUUUGCCUUGUUUCACAGAACUAAUAUAUGCCGUCCUUUGCAUGAUUAUGCUUGUGUGUCAUUUUUGCUUGUUUGUUUAUCUGCAAUCGUAUUGUUCUUCCCUUCAGCUAUGAUAGACACAUUUCUUUCCAUUAUUUGCCUGGGUUACGUAUGUAUGUGUGGGUGGAGCUAUCAAUACAGGGGUGGGACCCAUUUGGGUUAGAUGCGUGUUUGUUUUGGUGAUUUUAUGUCAACAUUGGAUUUCAAAAAUCGGAAACCCCACCUUUAAACAUGCUUAAAAAUUAAAUAUAUAUAAACCUUGAUUGUACUUGCAGCUAAAAAAUACAGUUUAAAAAGUGUGAACAGAUUUUUCAGUCACUGCAUGAUUUAUUAGCUAAAGAUUUACUUCAUCUGUCUCACUUGUAAAUAUAUGCAUGUUACAUAAUACUGCUCAAACUGAUGAGUAAAAACACUAUUAUUGCUGUCAAAUUAUGUUUUUGAUGUCCUGAUAACUUUUUUUUAUGAAGUUUAGUCAAUAAAAUAACAUCAUCAUAAUCUCAUCAGUGUGUGGAGAACAUCAUAUGGGAUUCGUGGAUCACUAACUUGGCUGAUUUGGUUUAAUUAGCACAAAGUGAAAAGACCUAUUGUUUGUACUACAAAUGUCAGAGUCCUUAAUUAAUACCAGCAUACCUUGUGAAUGGUGUAAAAAAAUUGUAAUAAUUGAAUUAAAUAUUGCAUCAUAGUUAUUACAACCAGGAAUCUUAAUGCUAAUAUUUAAUUUCAUUGAAAUUUCAAAUGUAAAAAAUGUACAGGUUGAAAGGUUUGUAUAGAAUCCAUAGAAAAGCAUAAUUUUUUGUCAUGUCUGAAAAUGUCAAUGUAAAAUUGUGGUUUAACUAAUAAAGCCAAUUUUGAGAAAA